CGGCGGUGCCGGCCGCGGGCGGGCCCGUGCUGUCGCUGGGCGUGCACGUACACGCGGACACGCCCCCCAUCACAUUGCAUUUAGACCAAGAUCAGGUGAGCGUGUUAGCGGACGCAUUGCACUGUUUGAAGCACAUGGCGGUGUUGUUGCGUCGCCCCCCUGUGGCCACGCCCACGUCCACGUAUACGCCCAUAGCUGUUAACAAAUCCCUCAUAAGAUCUGUAUCGGAGCAAGAGGAACGAGAAACUCCGUCAGAAAGGACGCCUAGUGACAAUCGUUCCGAUCUUAUUCCAAUAUUUGAAGCGAGCGCUAUUAAAUUGGAAACUAAGACGUUCGUGUGGGUGCAAUGGGUGAUAUCUCGUGCGACAGCGGCACUGUCCACUGGCAAGGCGCGACUCGCCGCGGACGUGGACGAUAUUAUCGCGACAAUCGACCUCCAGCCCCACUACAGCCAGCUCAAACUGAAACUAGCUUCUGCAUCGCUGCGACAUUAUAGACGAUCGGAAAGCGAUGAAUGGGAGGCCGGCGCUAUGGGCGGCCGAGUACUGGAGGCUCGGGAGCCUCUUGACUCCAAACAAGACAACCAUUUCUUAUCCCUCACUGUAACGCAAGCAAAGAUAUCUAAUUUACCAGUCAGCUGGCGAGAGGAGCUCCACCCUAAGUUAUUGGAGCAAAAAUCUCAAGGUUUAGACAGUAUGUGGGAGGUGUACGUGACGCUCGCGCCGUUAGAGGCGGUGGUGCAGACGAGCGUGGUGCGACUGGCAGCGGCCGUGCUGAAACUACUGCGGCCGCGCGUCGCCGCCUGCCCCCUGCGCUCCCCGGACAUACCCACACAUUACGUCAACAGUCACACACAACUUCGCAGUGAAUGGCAGCUUCCAUUCUUCUACAUGUCUGCUGGUGGCUUGCGGCUGCUACUUACAGAACAUGGGGCUGAGAGCGCGGACGACGACACACUCAUGCUUGUAAUCGGAAAAAUCACUGUAAACCCACAUCCAGAGAACCCCAUUUGCAGGCGUGUAGUGAACGCGUGCGGGGAGGCUGGCGGGUGG